AUGUCCGCCGUGACCAAUCAGCCUCUUCCCUAUGGCCGACUGGAGCGAGAGAAUCACAUUCGCAUGAUCUUCCGAGCCUUCCAGAACAAAUGCAAUCCUGUGUGCGAGUGCCACCCUCACUCACCCAGAUGCAAACCUCUCCAAAUGUCUGGCAAACUGGUCCCAGGUCUGCUGAGGAGCGAGGAGGGUGCAGGAGGCUCGUCAAACUCUUUGAGUGUGUUGGAUGAAGUCAGUCAGUUUCAUAUCAAUGCAAGACCACAACUUCAGGGUCCACAGUGUGUUCCACAGAGGAUCUACAGCAUUGGCACAGGAGCCAGCAGAUCACAAUUGUUUGUGGCUGUGGAAGAGAGUUCAUGUGUGUGCCUUCAGUGUUGUGGUCCAGCUCGGUCUUGCUCCUUGCAGGGCUUCGACCACCGAGGGCAGCAGGUUUUCUACUUCGACAGACCUCUCAGGAUGGACGCCUGCUGCCUGGGCUGCUGCCUCAUGGAAAUAAGCGCCUACACGGGUCAGAAGCAACUCAUUGGCACCGUGCACCAAAGGUGGAGCAUGUUCACGCCUCUUUUUGAAGUCAAAGACUCCCAGGGAUUGUCUGCGGUCCGAAUUCAGAGCGCAUGUUGCCCUAGCCGCUGCUUGUCAAAUCAGCAAUUCCAGAUCGUCUCCAAUAUCGGUGAGAAUAUCGGUACCAUAUGGAAGAAGUGGCCUGGCUUUCAGCAAGAGCAUAACAUGGACCAUGAAUACUUCGGGAUGGAGGUGCCACUUGACAUGGAUUCACAAACCAAACUGUUGCUACUGGCAGCCACAUUCUUACUGAAUUACAUGUUCUUUGAGAUGAGCUGAAGGAUUGACGAAUGAUGGGUAAAGUGGACAUUCGUUUGACAGUACAUCGGU